AAAAUUCCUUCCUUUACCUGUUUUCCUCUCUCUCAACCUGGAUGCCGUGCGGAACUGCGGACGGCGGAGGAGCCGUGGAGUGACGACGUGAGCCAGACCGGCGGUGGAUUGCGGAUUGCUGAGCUGAGAAAAUGUGCAUUCUAGCAAAUGAUAUUGUGUAAAAGAUGAAAUUUUGGGAAUGUGGGUACCUCUUGAUUUCAGUAUUUUGUUUAUUGGAGCGUGGACCAAGAUUAUUUAUACAAGAUUGUAAUGUUUCUCUCGCUAGUGACAAACUCUCUUGAACAAUGUUGCUGUCUCCGAGUUGGUUGUUGAUAAUGCCCCCAUUUAGCUCAGAAUCUCUAGAGAAGAUCUGAAACUCUGUCUAUUGAACCAUCAAGGCGUUAGACUGGCCUCUGGAUACCUGUAAAUCUGUAAUAACUAUGGCUGGCUCAAUGGCUCGAAUCAGGAGAUUUUUCUUGCCUUUGCUUGUCAAGCCAUUUUCUCCCCCCUCCCUCUCUCAUGGCCAGCCAAUUUUAAGAUACUCAAACCCCAUUGUGGAUCUCUCAAGGCCAAGACUAGUGAAUCUAUUUUCUCCACUAAAUAUUAGGUGGGGUCUGAGGAACUUUAGUCAUGGGACUGUGAAUUUUGUGAUAUCUUCAGAUGGGAAGCCGAAAUUCGAGACCCUUGAAACAGAUCCCCCAAAGAAGGAAAAAUGGAUGACAAAGAAGCGACUGAAGCAGCAGAGAAAGAGAGAGAAGCAGAAGAGGAAAGCUGCCAAUAAGAGAGAUCCCAGAAGGCUGGGAGUUAAAGGAAAGAAGAAAAAGCAGAAGUUUGCUACUGCCGAUGAAAGAAUUAAGCAGAAGAUUGAAAAUGCAAAAAUUAAGGAGGCCUUGCUCAUUGAGAGACUAAAGCGAUAUGAGGUUCCCAAAGUUCAAGGUCCUCAAGUUAUGCCACAUGAACUCACUGGGGAAGAAAGGUUUUAUAUCAAAAGAAUGGCCCAAAAAAAGUCAAAUUAUGUUCCGAUUGGUAGAAGGGGUGUGUUUGGAGGUGUUAUUCUUAAUAUGCAUCUCCAUUGGAAAAAGCAUGAAACUGUUAAGGUCUAUUGCAAGCCUUGUAAACCUGGUCAAAUCCAAGAGUAUGCCAGUGAAAUUGCUAGACUGAGUGGUGGAAUUCCAAUUCAGAUAAUUGGUGAUGAUACCAUAGUUUUCUAUCGAGGAAAGGAUUAUGUGCAACCAGAAGUGAUGUCACCGAUUGAUACAUUAUCCAAGAAGAGGGCAUUGGAAAAAUCCAAGUAUGAGCAGUCACUCGAGUCUGUAAGACGCUUUAUUGCCAUUGCUGAGAAGGAGCUUGAACUUUAUUACAGACAUGUUGCUCUCUAUGGUGAUCCCAGUGAUCGGAACCCCCAUUCUAUACUUAACAACUCUAUGAACAAAGAAGAGAGAAAGAAAAUCAAUCUGGGAAAGGAAGCUUCUUCAACAGCAAACAAAUGCUUUCAUGAAUCAGAGAUAUUUGCAGAUUACUCUGGUCAGGAGCUGUCUGACUAUGAUGAUGGUUUGGAUGAAGGCCAGCUGGCAAGUGAAGUAGAAUCUGCGGGGGAUAACUGAUGAGAGAUGUUCUCCUGGUGCAACGACUAUCAUGUGCCGAGCUUCUAGGACAUACUGUCACCAUGAUUACACCAUAAUAUUUUGCUGAUUUCUUCUCUAUCCCAUAUAAAUAUAUAAUUACCUGAUUCUGCCUUCUUUCUGUUCUUCUCCAAGUACCUGAUCUUUCUUCCCUUAAAAGUACGAUACAAUUACCUAUCACUCACCAAUGCCUGGAUUGAAAGUAUUUCUUUAUCUUUAUUCUUUUCCAUAACAAUCUAGUUUUUAUUUAAUUGAUUUCCUUGAAAAAAAAUUAUUUUGUUUGCUUUUAGAUUCAUAGAACAAUUUGUUCAUAGCAAGCUCUGAAUAGCAUUCAACU